AUGUCUCUCAAACGCAAAGAUAAUACAACGCAUGAAAAUGAAGAUGCAAAGAAGCUCAAGAAGAAUGGCGACUUGACUUCGUUCUUCAAAGCGCCAAAAGUUCAAUCGAUUCUAGCCCCAGCGGAACCUACGGCGAAAUUUGACAAGGAUAAAUGGGUGGCCAGCUUGACCGCUGAGCAGAAGCAACUCCUGAAGCUCGAAAUUGAUACCCUCGACCCUAGUUGGUUGAGUGUACUGAAAGAAGAGCUCGUGGGUCGGGAAUUCCUGGAACUUAAGCGUUUUCUCGCGAAGGAAGUUAAGACGCAGACAAUCUAUCCUCCCAUGGCAGAUGUCUACAGCUGGUCUCGCCAUUGCCCUCUGAACAAAGUCCGAGUGGUUAUCCUCGGCCAGGACCCAUACCAUGGCCCCAGACAAGCCCAUGGACUCUGCUUCUCCGUCCUCCCGCCAGAGCCUGCGCCACCCUCGUUGGGCAACAUCUACAAAGCGAUUGCCAACGACUACCCUUCAUUCAAGCCACCACCGAAGAAAGGAGGCCUCCUGACUCCCUGGGCCGAUCAAGGCGUGCUUCUGCUCAACACUUGCCUAACCGUCCGCGCGAGAAAUGCGGGUUCACACCAGAACCAAGGCUGGGAAAGAUUUACACAGAAAGUCAUCGACACCGUCGUCAAAGUCCGCACGAACGGUGUAGUCUUCCUGGCCUGGGGCUCACCCGCGCAAAAGAGAUGCGACAGGAUAACUGGCCCCAGGCACCUGGUGCUGAAGAGCGUCCACCCUAGCCCGUUGAGUGCACACAAGCCUCCGGGCUUCUUCAACAACAAGCACUUCCGCAAGGCCAACGACUGGCUGGAGGAACGGUAUGGAAAAGAUGGUCCGAUCAACUGGAAUCUCGACAUUUCACACCCCGUCAAGCCUCCCGGCAACGUGCUCGAUGGUCAAGCCAAACCAACAGAAGAAGAAUUCCCGGGCGUUGAUGACGAGGAUGACAUCGAGGCAUUAGAGGAAAUCGCCAAACUGGAAGCUGAGGGGAAGGCUGGCAAUGGAACUCUGUAA